GUUCCCCUGGCACAGCGAUAAGAAGACGAGUUGGAAAAAAAAAAAAAAUUCUUACGAUAUAUACGUAACACGCGCAGUUACUUUGUUCACGAGCCUUCUACCUAUAUAUACAUUUACAUGGACGGUCCCGAGUGAUUGCCGAUGAAAGCGUGAUACGUCCAGAGCUGUUGUCUUUGAGAUCGGAGUGACCAUAUUUUUUUUUAAUUUCUUUUGACCGAUUCCUGAGUUGUCAUUUUAAUUUUUUUUUUUUAACCUCGGGUUUUUGUACAUUAGACAAAAAUAAUUAUCAUCAUGAUGAAAAUGUUACUUCUGGGAAUCAUUUGCACCCUGUUAGCUACGACUUCAGCGGAGUUUUGCUACAGUGACGUUGAAGGUGCUUGUAACCCCCCAAAGGGUCAAACAUCCCAAACAUCAACUUUGAUAAAUGAAGCAUCUCGAUCUGACUGUAAUGCUACCUAUGGUUCUAUGGAUCAACUUAUUGUUGAUCUCCAGACGUAUGCUAAUCAUCACAUUCAUAUCAGCUUUCAAUUUUUGUUGAUGUCAACAUACUUUGGCAAUUAUGAGGCCAACCGUGACGGAUUCAAAGCUCUUUACAGAAAAUUGUCAGACGAUGCCUGGGAAAAGGGUAUUGAUAUCAUCAAAUACAUCACUAAGAGAGGUGGCACAAUGAACUUUAAUGAGAUGCCACACACCAAUCUUGGUCCAAAAGGAAUGCACGUUGUUGAGCAAAACGAGAUUCACAGCCUGGCUAAAGCUCUUGAUUUCGAGAAAUUUUUGGCCAACGAGGGUUUGCGCAUUCACAGCCGGGCUGAGAACCACAAGGAUGGCGCUAUAGCGCACUAUCUCGAAGAAAAGUUCAUGGAGUCCCAGACCCAGACUGUUCGUAGCUUGUCCGGCCACAUAACCGACCUCAAGAAUAUGCUCAAUGGCCGCGACGGUGCUGUCGCCGUUUACCUGUUUGAUGAGUACUUGAAAAAGUCCAUGUAAAUUUUACUAUUUCUUUUUUUUGUUACACAUAUAUGCUAAUGUAUCUUUAUAUUUGAUAGUAUUAAUUGAUUGCUGGAGAAAAUGAAAGUUUUAUGGGGGAAAUUGUUUUGUCAAUAAUUCUGUACAGUCAAUAUGAAAAGCCGUUUAAAUAUAACGUUUAUUAUUUUUUAUUUAAAGAGUUUUAGGACGAUUGAUGCUUAUCAGCGAUACGUGAUUUAUUGCCUCUGAUUGCAAGAUUUGUUACUAACGUUGAUUGGUAACAUGUACUUGUGAUAGGAGGUGCUUGGUCGAAUAAUUAAACAAGUCAUUUUAAAAGUAGGUAAGGCUGAGAGUCUACUUACCCAUUCAUUUGUAUCGAUAAUGCAGUCCGUUUCUAAUCGCUUGUAGCUUAAUUGUUUAUGGCGCGGACAGGGAUAUAUAUGUAAAAAAAAGAAUAAAAUUUUGUAAUAAUGUACAUAAGUAUGACGAUUCAAUGAUUAAGCUUUACAUGAUCACCAAAAAACAUAAAUUAUGUAUCGCGUAGCAUCAGUUGUCACGGUUGCCUUUAUAUAUUUCAUAACAAAUAUUAAUUUUGAUCUUAAACUCUGUACUUUAAACAAAUCGUGUUGAAUAAAAACAGAAUUCCAGGUUGA